AUGGGUGGUGGAACGCAGGAAGCGGCGCAAGAACCGAAUUGCAACGGCAAGAACAAUACCCCACCCGCGACGACAGAAUCGGAAAAGCAAGUCGUGAACCAGAUACAGGAUGCUGCUUCGACACAACCCGAAUGUGACGUCGAGUCAGCGGCAACAACUGGAACAGAAGUGCAAACAGCAAGCAUUAGUGACCCACCUCGUGCUGGACAGCGCGUGAUACACAAUGGAAAGGAGUUUACUACGGUCAAAGAAGGUCUAGCCUACGUCCUAAUUCCUGCCAGGUCGCUGAAAUCUGCACAGCAGACUGUUGGCGGAGGAGAUCAGGCCCAAUCAGUGUUCUACAAUCCUAUUCAGCAGUUCAAUCGUGAUCUCAGCGUGCUUGCAAUCAGGGCAUUCGGAGAGGAUUUGACGGCGGUCAGGAAGGAGAAACGGGAGAACAGGAAAUCGGGAAAGAAGAGAAAGAGGGGUGCCGCUGGAGCUGGGACAGCAAAUGAGUCGGGUGAGCAGGAGCAAGGCCAUUCGGUUAGGAGAAAAACGGAGCACCCGGAAAAUGGGGAUGCUGAGACGGCGGCAACUGAUGUUAGAGCAAAGGCAGACGAUAAUGCUCAGGAAAAAGUGGUGGGCAACGAGCCAGCUCCGGUGGAUCAAACGGCGUCAGCUGAAGUGUCUGCUCAAGCACCGAAGGCAGAUGCUCACGAUUGCGCGUCAACAUCAAACUCUUGGAGACCGCAAUUCACCAUAUUGGAUGCGCUAUCAGCCACGGGGCUACGUGCGUUGAGAUACGCCCAAGAAAUUCCAUUUGCUACCUCUAUAACGGCGAACGAUCUGUUACCCGAUGCCACAGAAUCCAUCAAGUUGAACGUUGAGCACAAUAAGCUGGAGGAUAAGAUAAAUGCAGUGACCGGCAACGCAAUUGCUCACAUGUACAGCUUUGUGGGCCAGCCGACCCAAAAAUUACCUGAAAGCGAACAUUCGGCCAGCAAAUACGACGUGAUCGACCUUGAUCCCUAUGGAACGGCGGUACCUUUUCUCGAUGCCGCUGUACAAUCAGUAACUGACGGCGGUCUACUCUGUGUAACCUGCACAGAUGCUGGGGUCUUCGCGUCUACCGGUUAUCCCGAGAAAACUUAUUCUCUUUACGGGGGUCUACCAUUAAAAGGCCCUCAUGCUCAUGAAGCAGGGGUGCGUUUGAUUCUCAACUCCGUUGCCACCUCUGCGGCACGGUAUGGCCUUUCCAUUGAGCCUCUUCUUUCUCUCUCUAUAGACUUUUACGCACGGGUCUUUGUCAGAAUCCGGCACUCACCCGCCGAAGUUAAAUUCUUGGCAGGGAAGACCAUGUUAGUCUACAAUUGUGAUGCUGGCUGCGGGGCAUGGACAACCCAGCUACUGGGUCGUCAUCGAUUGACAGAGGGCAAAAAAGGAGUGCCCUACUACAAGCAUGGUCUUGAGCAAGGGCCUUCAGCCGCCCAGCGAUGCGAGCACUGCGGUUCCAAGACUCACAUGGCGGGUCCAAUGUAUGCUGGACCUUUACAUUCCCCAGAAUUCAUCCGCCGCAUCCUGAGCUAUCUGCCGAAACUUGACUCCGAAACCUACGCAACAACAAAUCGUAUCAAGGGCAUGCUUGUGACCGCGCUUGAGGAGGAUCUCAAUCAUGCUGCAAACAGGGAUGAGGAUAUCUCAUCCCCUCGGAUCGCGCGCAUGGAUCCUGCCGAGAUUGAUCACCAUCCUUUCUUUUUUGUUCCAAGUGCCGUUGCUAAAGUGCUCCAUUGUCAAACACCACAAGAAGAUAGUCUUCGCGGUGCGCUGAGAGGUCUUGGAUAUCGAGUCACACGGAGUCAUACCAGACCAGGGAGCAUCAAGUCGGACGCUCCCUGGUCAGUGAUCUGGGAGAUGAUGCGUGAAUGGGUCCGUCAAAAAUCUCCCGUCAAAGAGGGCGCCAUCCGGCAGGGCACCGCCGGAUGGGGCAUUAUGAAUGGACCACAGCCCCGCAUGGGGAGCCACGCGGCGUCCACGGCUAAUGCUAGUGAAACCGCCUCUGACGCUUCGGCUGCAAACGAAUACAAUGCGUCGCCCAGCACAGCUUCACGGACACUCAACGUUGUCUUUAAUGAAACGCUUGGGCGCGAAAAGGACGGGCGACGGUUAGUCCGAUACCAAGUCAAUCCACGGGCCAACUGGGGGCCUAUGAAGGGAGCCAAAGGAGGAAAUUGA